UUACAAGUAACAGUUCUUACACAACGCCGUAUAAAUCAAUAAAUAAUGCAUCCUCUCCUCAAAUAGCUACACACUCAGAUAAAUAUCACACAAACUUUAUUUCUCAACAUUUAAAUCCUUCCAUUUUUAUGUUAUCAUCCUCACUUUAAGACUUUCCAAGUGUUUUCCUAAGUCUUUUCAAGUGCUACAAACAAAUCAACAUUAAUAAUGCACCAGUGUGAUUGUUCUAAAAGUGUUAAAUAUUAAAACCAUUUUUGGUUUUGCUUAUAGUAUUCAUUGCAUUUUUUGAGAGAGAAAAGAAAAUGGGAAGAACACCUUGUUGUGAUAACAAAAUGGGGUUGAAGAAAGGUCCUUGGACUAGUGAAGAAGAUGAAGUUCUUGUUAAUUUUAUCAAGAAAAAUGGUGGUCAUGGAAGCUGGCGUUCUCUUCCUAAGUUAGCAGGCCUUCUUCGUUGUGGUAAGAGUUGCCGGCUAAGAUGGACAAACUACCUAAGACCUGAUAUUAAACGCGGUCCCUUUACACCUGAGGAAGAAAAACUAGUCAUACAGCUUCAUGCCAUACUUGGAAACAGAUGGGCUUCAAUAGCCUCUCAGCUACCAGGAAGAACUGACAAUGAGAUCAAGAAUUUAUGGAACACACACUUAAAGAAACGUCUCAUAUGCAUGGGAAUUGAUCCACAAACUCAUGAACCAAUAGCCUCAUCACAUUACUUCCCAAUUUCCAAAUCAAAUUCGUCUAUCGCCACGCGCCACAUGGCUCAAUGGGAAAGUGCAAGACUUGAAGCAGAAGCAAGGCUCUCAAAAGACACAUCUUUAUUCAACAAUGGCAACAUUCCUUCUUUGGCAAGCAACAAAGCUGAUUCUGACUAUUUCCUUAAGAUAUGGAACUCUGAAGUUGGACAAUCUUUUCGUACCGGCCGCAAAUCAGACGACGAGGACGAUGAUGAUAAAACUAAGUGCCAAAGUUCAAUGUCUCAAGAAGGGUCAUCUUGUAAUAACAAUAACAAAUGUGGAUCAGUUUCUGUUACUACUACAACAAGCAAUGUGAUGGAGGAUUUUGAAUGGAGAAACUACAAGUCAUUUGAUGUAGGUUAUGAUGAUUCAUCAAGCUCUAAUGAUCUUGAAGACUCAUCUGACACUGCACUGCAACUCUUGUUGGAUUUUCCUUCUAACAAUGAUAUGAGCUUCUUAGAAUGAAGCUUUCUUUGGGCACCCUUUUUUUAGUGCUGGUUGUAUGAUGCUUUUGGCUAAUUUUGUAGACUAAGUAGUGUUUUCUAUGUAAGCCAUUGGAUUUGGACAAGUAUGAGAAGAUUGAUUAUGUAGUAAUUUUGUUGGAUGACUAUGAUGAUGACUACAUUAAAUAUAUAUAGAACUAAUGAUAUUUUGGAA